AUGACCAUUGGUACUGGAAGAGAAGGUAUUCGAAAAUGUUCCCGAUAUGCCGGGAAGUGUGAACAGUUGAACGGCGACACUCAAAGUGAAGGCGCCGAUGGCCGGGAGGGGGAGGAGCGGCCGGGCCUCGCCAGGCCGGCGACGGCCGCGGGCGUCUGCCUGCAUGAUGCGCCAGGAGGAAACUGCGGAUUCGCAUUUUCUCCGGGUUCGACGAGGGGAAGUAAGGCACGGGGCGGGGCUCACGGCGGCAAAAGGACGAUGGACGGGGAUAUCGAUGUGCCGGUGUACAGGCCGAGCCGGCCGCAGCUCCGAUGA